AAUGAGCGCUCAGUGAGCCGGCCCGGCCUCUCUCCCAGCCGUCCCCGACGCCCACCAUGAACCAGUUGGAGGGCUCCGCGGAGGUGGAGGUGACCGAGGAGGCGGCAGGCGGGGAGGUGAACGAGUCGGUGGAGGCCGACCUGGAGCACCCCGGGGUGGAGGAGGACCACCACCACCACCACCAGCAGCAGCAGCAGCAGCAGCCACCGGGGUCGCCGCUGCCCCCGCCGCCGCCGCCGCCGCCGCAGUCGCAGUUCGCCGGCCGCCCCGCGCGCGGACGCGGCGCCGUCGGGGACCCCCGCGCGCCGCCCGCGGGGGCCCGGGGGCCGGAGGAGGAGGAGGAGGAGCGCGGGGAGAGCCUGGCGCGCUCGGCCAGCACCGAGAGCGGCUUCCACAACCACACGGACACGGCCGAGGGCGACGUGAUCGCCCAGGACGACGACGAGGCGGAGCGCGCGCAGGACCCCGAGGAUGAGAGCGCGUACGCCGUGCAGUACCGGCCCGAGGCCGAGGAGUACACGGAGCAGGCGGAGGCCGAGCACGCCGAGGCCAGCUCGGCCCCGCCGCGCCGCGCGCUGCCCGGGCCCCUGCAGCUGCCCCCGGGGCUGGCGCGCGAGGAGGCCGUGAGCGCCGCGUACUCGGGCUACGUGUACACGCACCGGCUCUUCCACCGCGGGGGCGGCGGCGGCGACGACGAGCCCUCGUACGCCGAGCCCUACGCCGACUACGGGGGGCUGCAGGAGCACGUGUACGAGGAGAUCGGGGACGCGCCCGAGCUGGACGCGGCGGCGGCGGCGGCGGUGGCGCGCGACGGGCCGCGGCUGUACCCGCGCGAGCGCGACGACGCGGCCGCCGCGUACCGGCACGAGGCCCUGGGCGCGCGGCUGCACCACUACGACGAGCGCUCGGACGACGGCGAGUCCGACAGCCCCGAGAAGGAGGCCGAGUUCGCGCCCUACCCGCGCAUGGACAGCUACGAGCAGGAGGAGGACAUCGACCAGAUCGUGGCCGAGGUCAAGCAGAGCAUGAGCUCGCAGAGCCUGGACCGGGCGGCCGAGGAGAUGCCCGAGGCCGAGCAGGACCUGGAGCGCGCCCCGACCCCCGGCGGGGGCCGCCCCGACAGCCCCGGCCUGCAGGCGCCCGCGGGCCAGCGGGCCACGGGCACCACGGGCACCACCGGCACCACGGGCACCACCGGCGGCGGCGGCGAGGCCGUGCAGCAGCGCUACAGCAAGGAGAAGAGGGAUGCCAUCUCGCUGGCCAUCAAGGACAUCAAGGAGGCCAUCGAGGAGGUGAAAACCAGGACCAUCCGUUCGCCUUACACCCCCGACGAGCCCAAAGAACCCAUCUGGGUCAUGCGCCAGGACAUUAGCCCCACCAGGGACUGCGAUGACCAGAGGCCGGCGGAUGGAGAUACUCCAUCUCCAGGCAGCUCCUCGCCCCUGGGUGCAGAGUCUUCAAGCACACCCCUGCAUUCCAGCGACCCCACGGAGGCCUCCACCAACAAAGAGUCCAGAAAAAGCUUGGCUUCCUUCCCAACCUACGUUGAAGUUCCCGGACCUUGUGACCCUGAUGACUUGAUUGAUGGAAUCAUCUUCGCCGCCAACUACCUGGGCUCCACCCAGCUGCUCUCAGAUAAAACUCCCUCCAAAAACGUGCGCAUGAUGCAGGCCCAGGAAGCAGUGAGCAGGAUCAAGAUGGCCCAGAAAUUAGCCAAAAGCAGGAAGAAGGCUCCUGAAGGCGAGUCUCAGCCCAUGACCGAGGUGGAUCUCUUCAUUUCUACCCAGAGAAUCAAAGUGUUGAACGCCGACACGCAGGAGACGAUGAUGGACCACCCUCUGAGGACCAUCUCCUACAUCGCCGACAUCGGCAACAUCGUGGUGCUGAUGGCCCGCCGGCGCAUGCCACGUUCCAACUCCCAGGAGAACGUGGAGGCGUCGCACCCGUCCCAGGACAGCAAGAGGCAGUACAAGAUGAUCUGCCAUGUGUUCGAGUCUGAGGAUGCCCAGCUGAUCGCACAGUCCAUCGGCCAGGCAUUUAGCGUGGCGUACCAGGAGUUCCUCAGGGCCAAUGGCAUCAACCCCGAAGAUCUCAGCCAGAAGGAGUACAGUGACCUGCUCAACACCCAGGACAUGUACAACGACGACCUGAUCCACUUCUCCAAGUCAGAGAACUGCAAAGAUGUCUUCAUCGAGAAACAGAAGGGGGAAAUCCUGGGCGUGGUGAUCGUGGAGUCAGGCUGGGGGUCCAUCCUGCCCACCGUGAUCAUCGCCAACAUGAUGCACGGCGGGCCUGCCGAGAAGUCGGGAAAACUCAACAUCGGGGACCAGAUCAUGUCCAUCAACGGCACCAGCCUAGUGGGCCUGCCGCUGUCCACCUGCCAGAGCAUUAUUAAGGGUUUGAAGAACCAGGCUCGGGUCAAGCUGAACAUCGUGAGGUGUCCCCCGGUGACCACUGUGCUCAUCAGGAGACCAGACCUUCGCUACCAGCUGGGCUUCAGCGUCCAGAAUGGAAUCAUCUGCAGCCUCAUGCGAGGAGGCAUCGCCGAGAGAGGAGGGGUCCGCGUGGGCCAUCGGAUCAUCGAGAUCAACGGGCAGAGCGUGGUGGCCACCCCCCACGAGAAGAUCGUCCACAUCCUCUCCAAUGCCGUGGGGGAGAUCCACAUGAAGACGAUGCCCGCUGCCAUGUACCGGCUGCUGACGGCGCAGGAGCAGCCCGUGUACAUCUGAGGCGCGCCGCAGCCGGGGCGGCAUGCAUGGAGGGCUGUCCUCACUCGUGGUUGUGUUUCUCGUGCUGCAUCUGUGUGCCCACUGCGACAUUCCCCUCUCGCGCGGGAGCUCCGAGUCCCCGCAAGAAGGAA